UCUAAAGCGAAAGUAGUGUCAUUUAUUCUUCAAGGUGUUUUGCUUAACAUACGCUUUUAUAUUUUCUUAUGGACACUUUGUCGAAAAGUUAAUGAAAACUUACAUUCUUUUAUAUAUUUAGAGUGUAACACACGGGAUGGAUCAAAGUGUGCAUAGCUAGAUGAUCACUGCUACCACACAGGAAUAUCAGGUCAGGAGCAGUUUAAUUCAAUUCCAGCGCUAUAGGUUCACAUUAAAUACCAGGACAAAAUGGCAACUGCAGAAGGCGAGCAUGGUUCUGAUUUUGAAGAGACGAUGUUCUGCGAACCUUGCAAUAAGGAAGGUAUCACUGCUGAAGCAGAUGGGUUUUGUUCCAGUUGCUCUGAUUACUUAUGUAGUACAUGUCUGAGGUAUCACAAAAGAUUAGCAAAAGAUCACACACUGUUUGAUAAAUCUAGCAUGCCACAGGACUUCUGUUUAGAACGAUGUGUAUUCCAUCCAAAUGACCUGGUAAAAUUCUACUGUACGAAAUGCGACGACACUGCAUGUUCUCAAUGCAUACCAAUUAAACACCAGACUGAAUACUGCGAAUUUAAGCAUAUCCCUUCAUAUAUGCAUUCGCAAGAUGUAUACAGUGAAAUGAACGAAGUUAAGAAAUCGCUGAAAACCGUCGAGGAAGAAGCAAGUCGCACUGAAGAAGAGAGUGGUCAAAAAUUGAAAAAAGCAAACCUUGACAAGAGUGAUAUCUCGAAGUCAAUCAGCCUCCAGAAAAAAUACAUUAAGGACAAAAUUGAAGAGCAGCGUGUUUAUAUUAUUAAAGCACUAGACGAUGAAAGGGCCGAAUUUAUCAGGAAGCUUGAUGAGAGGCAAGGCCGAAGAAAGGAGCAAUUAUUUAAACAACAGGAACUUAUAAACAGUAAGAUAGAAGAUGAAGAGAGACAUUUGGAUGACCAAUUAAUGUUAUAUCCAAAGAAAAUGCAAAACACUGCACUAAACAGUGCAAAAAUAAAAUCGAAAUUAGAGUCCCUUACCAAAGAUUUAGUAAGUAAAGAGAGACAAGGACGGAAAGCUGAACUUUUCUUGGCAACUAGAAGAGCUAAGCACAACAUGAAAACGCUCAAAAGAGACAUAGAUGAUGUGCGAGAAGAGAACGUAGCAAGAUGCUUUAGCUUUAGACCCAGCAAUGAGGACAUCAGUAUAGAUGCACCGGAAAAUGUCUCGCUUGGAUGUCUUAGUGAGAAUAAUCAGCAGACAGAUAAUGGAGAUGCAACUAAAGAUCAGCAAGGUGCAUCUAAUUCUCCUAAGUCUACAGAGGUUGUCAUAGCAACGGGGAUAGUUUGCGCUGAAAUAUCGUCUGAGAAAAAAGCUACGUGUAUGCGAAAGGUGAGGUCUACAAAGCAAAAAUCACAGUCUGAGGGUAAGAAUCCGGAACAUAUCCAAAAGGAUUCGGAUGCUCCGGAGAAAGGUCAAUCACCAUGGUCUGAACAGUCCGAAAGUAAUGUGGGGACUCUAGCUGACCGCCAGUCACCAAGAUCUGGACGUUCAAUAGGAAGUUUGGAGACUCCUCCUCCUGCAUGGUCUGAACGUUCAGUACGUGGUUGGGGAACUCCAAUAGACCGCCAGUCACCACGGUCUGGACGUUCAGUACGUGGUAGGGGAACUCCAGUAGACCGCCAGUCACCACGGUCUGGACGUUCAGUACGUGGUUGGGGAACUCCAGUAGACCGCCAGUCACCACGGUCUGAACGUUCAGUACGUGGCUGGGAGACUCCAAUAGACCGCCAGUCACAACGGUCUGGACGUUCAGUACGUGGUUGGGGAACUCCAGAAGACCGCCAGUCACCACGGUCUGGACGUUCAGUACGUGGUUAUGGAACUCCAGCAGACCGCCAGUCACCACGGUCUGAACGUUCAGUACGUGGUUAUGGGACUCCAGUAGACCGUCAGUCACCAUGGUCUGAUCUUUCAGAUCGCCCGUUUUCCUGGUCAGACCUUUUUAAAGGCAAAUGUGAGGCUCAAGUGGAUUGCCAGUCAUACAGAUCUGAAAGUUCAGAAGAUAGUUGGGGGGCUCAGGAGGAUUGCCAGUCACCCUUCUCUGAACUUUCAAUAGGUACUUGGCGUCAUGAGAAUGAUCAGUCACACUGGUCUGAAUAUUCAAAAGGUAAUUGGGAGGUACAAGAGGAUCGCCAGUCACCCUUCUCUGAAUUUUCAGUAGGUACUUGGAGUGAUGAGAAUGGUCAGUCACACGGGUUUUAACAUUCAAAAGAGAAUCGUCAGCCACACUGGUCUGAAUGUUCAAAACGUUGUGUGAACGCUCAAGAGGAUCACCAGUUACCUAGGUCUGAAUGUUUAAUUUGUUUUCAAAUGGUUCCGCUUGACCCCUUGUAUAAGUCGCAAGUGCCAAAAACAAAACAAACAAAAGAUGAUAGGUGGAGCAUUCUACCUAGCUUAAGCGAAGCUAAAAUAUUAUUCAUAAACAUUAAAGGACUCCGUAUCUUGAAAUAACACACUGAUUCCAAGUACGUUAAGGUUGCAGUUGUGUUAGUAGACAUAGAACGCAGGCAAGCAAAAUACACAUGUAAAAGAAGUUUCAGUUAAUUAUAUAAAAUUAUUUCCCGUGACUAAAGAUAGGUUACGCCCACAUUGUCAAGAGCUCUUGUCCGAUUGAUUUUAACGUAGGUGCGCCUUCUCUCCUGGCCUUUCGAAACAUUUUUUUUUAAUUUAGUUUAGUCAACCAUUGAUGAAUGUAAGAACAGAUGAAAAACGCGCCUCAUUACUUUCAAACCAAUGAUUGCUUGGUUGGUCGGAUAGGGAAGGUAAUUUUCCCACUUUAUUCGGUGCAUAAUUUUAUUAAAUUGUAUUAUUUUCGAUUGCAAGGAACACAGGAUCUUGUAAACAUGCCUGCCUGUGUUGGACAAGAUUUUGCCAACCGGAGGGACAGCAGGGAACGAGGAAUGCAGCGGAAGGGAGGUUUCCUAUCCACGCUGCCCCUCCGGUUGGAAAAACCAGACAGCCUGCCUAUACCAGGUUAAAUUACAAUUGCAAAACUUGCAAAAAUACUCACAUUGUAGUUUAUGAUGUCAUAAUGUAAGCAUGUAGCUUGUCUUUAUCUGUACUUUAAAAAAUAAUUUUCUGUAAAAAAUGAAUCAACCAAACUGAAUAAAUGUAUUUU